CCAGCCCUUAAUUUCUCUCCCCCCCCUUUGCCUUGCAGAUGUAGGAAUGAGGGUCGGAGCGGAAUACCAGGCGCGCAUUCCUGACUUCGAGCCCGGUGCCACAAAAUACACUGAUAAAGAUAAUGGAGGGAUGCUUGUAUGGUCUCCAUAUCAUAAUAUUCCCGAUGCCAAGUUGGAUGAAUAUAUAGCAAUAGCAAAGGAGAAACAUGGAUACAAUGUGGAACAGGCUCUCGGCAUGUUGUUCUGGCAUAAACACAAUAUUGAGAAGUCCCUUGCGGAUCUCCCUAACUUCACUCCUUUCCCUGAUGAAUGGACAGUUGAAGAUAAAGUCCUAUUUGAACAAGCAUUUAGCUUCCAUGGAAAGAGCUUUCACAGGAUCCAGCAAAUGCUCCCAGACAAGACCAUUGCAAGCCUUGUAAAAUAUUACUAUUCUUGGAAAAAAACUCGCUCUAGGACAAGUUUGAUGGAUCGUCAGGCUCGUAAACUAGCUAAUAGAAAUAAUCAAGGUGACAGUGAUGAUGACGUAGAAGAAGCUCAUCCAAUGGAUGGAAAUGAUAGUGAUUAUGAUCCCAAAAAAGAAGCCAAAAAGGAGGGCAAUAAUGAGCAGCCUGUCCAGACCAGCAAAAUAGGUCUGGGUAGAAGAGAGUAUCAGAGCUUGCAGCAUCGCCACCAUUCCCAGCGUUCCAAAUGCCGUCCACCAAAAGGCAUGUACCUGACCCAGGAAGAUGUGAUAGCUGUUUCCUGUAGUCCCAAUGCAGCCAACACAAUUCUUAGACAGCUGGAUAUGGAACUAAUCUCGUUAAAGCGACAGGUUCAAAAUGCUAAGCAAGUAAACAGUGCACUUAAACAGAAAAUGGAAGGCGGGAUUGAAGAAUUCAAACCUCCUGAGUCUAAUCAGAAAAUCAAUGCCCGUUGGACCACAGAAGAGCAGCUUCUUGCAGUACAAGGUGUCCGAAAAUACGGUAAAGAUUUUCAAGCUAUUGCAGAUGUAAUUGGCAACAAGACUGUUGGCCAAGUGAAGAACUUCUUUGUAAACUACAGGCGUCGGUUUAACUUAGAGGAGGUAUUGCAGGAAUGGGAAGCGGAACAAGGAACCCUGGCUUCUAAUGGUGAUGCUUCUGCUUUAGGGGAGGACACAAAAAAUACUUCUAAUGUGCCAUCAGGAAAGAGCACUGAUGAAGAAGAUGAGGCACAAAGCACUCCGGCCACUCAGUGUUUAGGCCCUUCACCUCCAGCACAGGCAUCUGCCCCGGCACCUGCCGCCGCCCCGGCAGCUCUAAACCAGCCGCCCCCGCUGCUGCGCCCCCCCCCCCCCCCCCCCCCCCCCCCCCCCCCCCCCCCCCCCCCCCCCCCCCCCCCCCCCCCCCCCCCCCCCCCCCCCCCCCCCCCCCCCCCCCCGCCGCCGCCGCUCAUCCGCCCCGCUAGCUCCCUGCCGCCCCGCCUCAACCCCCGGCCCGUGCUCGGCGCCGCCGGCCAGCAGCCGCCCUCGCUCAUCGGCAUCCAGCCCGAGCCGCAGUCCACGCUGCACUGAAGAGCGGCGGCAGAAUUGUGCUGACUCCCGCCUUCGAAAAAUUGUACCCUGUACUUUCUUUUUUGUUUUGUUUCCAAAUAAUGAAGGGGAGAACAGAGCAAGCCUUCACAGGUAUGAGACCACUUUUCCAGAGGAGCAAGCUAAGAACUAGAAACGGAACGACGUCAAUGACCACCUGUAUAAAAAUAUUUUUAUGCCGAAGACUUGUACAGCAGAACAAUGCCUACACUGCAGCCCUCCUCUGUAUGAAUAACUGUUGAAGGAAGCUAACUUCUUAAAUGAAUAAAUGUUCAACACGCCAAGAUUUUGUUCAACUGAUUUUUACUCUAUUUAUUUUAUUACAGUUCUUUAUAGUCAAGCAUCUAACUACAGGAAAGUAGUCUGGCAAAUCUAGAAAUAGGUAAUAUUGUAGGAGACUUAAAUGUAGUGUUGGGGUUUUUUGUGUGUGUGAAUUUUUAAUUAUUUUUUUUUUAAUCUUUUAGUGAAAGAAAAUAAUGGCUUUAGGUUCAGAAUGUUUGGCCCUGUUUAGCUAACAGUAGGAGCAUUUCACACGCUUGUAAAAUGUAGGUCUUCUCUUCAUGUUUUUCCCAAAACAUCUUAGCUUGUUUUAAAAGGUACUGGCGCAUUAAACACUCCUCUUUCAGAGUAUUCUGAAGACUCAGUGAGCUGUUGUACCAAAUUUAUUAAAUCUCAUGUGUGUUCUACUCAUAGAAUUUAACUGGAAGCAGGAGUCCAGUUUAUUGCUGCAGUCUUGUCUUGUGGGCUGGGCAGGAUAGAGUGGCAGCAGCUUCCAGCCACCCAGGGGGAUGAUAGGAGAGGAACCAUCUUGCAAGAAGUAUUAAUUUAAUUUGUUAUUCCACUCAUUCUUCUAAUGUAAGUACAGUAAAAUUCCAUUCCUCUGAGAAUGACUGUCUGCAGUUCGUGUAUGUUAGAUCACUGAUGCCUUGCCUCAAGCAUUAAUGAGGGAAGUGUAGAGGCUGGUGGUGCUGGUAGGAUAUCGUGAGAGUAGUUACCUGCUGCCAACCCAGUCUUACUUUCAAGUGAUUAUCUCUUGACUUCUGCUGUAUUUCUGGCAAAGUUGACUACAUGAGUUGAGGGUAUUAGGGGAAGGACGAGGGUGUUUGUUUAUUUUAUUGACUCAGUAAAACCUGCAUUUAGGUAUUCAUAUUUCUUCCAAAUUAUAGGAAAGAAACUCAUUUCACUGCAUUCUCAUCUGAAACCUUGAUUGAUGCCUAGCACUGUUUUGGGGUGUGGGUUUUUUGGGGUUUUUUUUGUAAAAGCAGAUGCCUCUACCCUCCAAGUAAACCGGGUUCCAAAUGUGAGUAGCACUGUUUGAAACUGUGUGAUCUGAAUUAAGCUCUUGAAAAAUAAUGCAUUCUUGAUUAUGUAAUAAUGUUCAUGUUGACUGUCAUACUAUUUCAAAAUGGGUUUUUUUGCUUAUAGCUGAAAUGAUGUCUAAGUCUUUUUACUCCUUUUUGUUAUUAACUAGAUUUGCCCUUCACUAAAAUGAGAUUUUUUACACAAAUAGGAUGUGUUCUCCCUAGUGUUUUUUUCACAGAUAAAUUGGGUGGUGUAAUGAUCAGUUUAGCACCUAAAUAAGGUCUUUUUUUAAUGUGCAAAGGGAUGUUCUUGUACUAUGAGCUUCUAUUUAAUUUGAAAAUCUAGUAUUAAAGGUUGUUAGUUGUAACCUGAAUUGCACUUAAAGUGUUAACCUUUAUGUUUAAGAUCUUCGUUUUAAAAUAUUCUCAGAUCAAACUUGAGAGAUUUUUCUUUCUGAAGAACUUCCACUGGUGUGCUGAGGUGUCGUACAAAAGGUCUUUCUUAGAAAUUUUCUUUUGCAUCAGGUGCUUAGCCACUAUGUGAGCAUCAGAUGACCCCCUGUCUAAGUAAAGCAGAAUUUUAAAACAAGCACCAAGGAACUUGUGGUCAUGGAAACUUGUGUUCUGGAAGUCAUGAGUCUUUAGUGUGCCCUCACCAGCUACACAGAAAUCUGGCUGCUCUCUGGUCUUUAAAACCAAUACCAAACCAAGAUGGUACAUUUUUACAGUUUAGUUGUUAGCAGUGGUAAGAUUCAUCU